UUGAGUUAGCUAGUUCUUUACACUGGAAACUGAAACCAGUCUAUAUAAAAUGUCCAAACUUCAGAACAAUUGUUAAGGAGUGAUUAUUGGAUUUACAUCUUGCUAAUUUUCUCAAAUCUCUGUGGGAAGAUCAGGACUCAGCAAACUAACAAACAUAGAUUCUUUAAAGUAAACAAUGUCUUUUAAAAGGUUGAAACUCAUCUCAGUUAUUUUCCAACAAUUGAGUCUUUAUCCUCAUGAAUAGGUAGGAUGGUUUGCCAAUUAAUGGGAUUGUCUUCAGGAUCCUAUUUGUAGGUGCACCAGUAUGAGUGUGCCAGGUGUGUCUACCUGCAGAGAAGAAAUAUCAGGACUCUGAGCAGAAACAGAAUCAGAGCUAAAACAUCAAAGGAUAGGAAGAAGAGGUUAGUCCCGAACGAUGACUACUCCAAGGCAACCAGCCAAUAGUCAUGAACUAAAGGAAUUUGACAGUGUAAAGGAGUCAAUCACUGACAUCAUUAACCAGCUUCAGGAUAUUGAUCCCAGCCGCCUCUCCUUCUCUCCAUUCCUGGACCUAGACACCCAGAUUACAUUGGCACCCAUCUCUGAUAGUCCGGAAUCAUCUGUCGAAGAACUUCAUUCACUAUCUGAUGAGAACAUAGAUCACUUAACUGAACCGGGUCCAAAAGGCAAAAGACUUCAGUUCAAUGAAGCCCACCAGAAGCUCACGAAACAGCAGAGUGCACCGAGUGAUGGGCGUUUGAACAUGAUUAAAGCAGAACUGGUGAGAAAUCACACCUUCCCAUACACUGAAAAUAAACACAAGCGUCCAGACAACGUGUCAGUGGACAUCAGCAGAGAAACUUCGACCUUGCCUGAUGAGAAAGUGUCUUCUUCAGCAUCGUCAUUGCCUGGUGAAGCUGGCACCGUUCCCCCACAGAACUUCAACAAGGCAGGGGCAGAGAGCACGGCAGUGCUGGAGAAGGCACACAAGUUCUCCAGCCAGGCUUCGGAAGACCAGCCAUUGCUGGGCCCCUCGCCAGACACGGAGACCAUUGAACUGAUUUCCAGUGACUCUGAGCGCAACGCCUCUGCGGAAUCUUCACAAAAGGAGGCAGCGGCUGGGGGAAGUGGAGGCCAAAAGUGCUGCCCCUUUUGCCAGUGCUGCUCUGCUUCACAUCUUAAAGCCAUAUCGUCCGUCUUCGUCGCUCUGCUUUUUAUACCAUGGAUCCUCUAUGGCCUUUACCUGUUUGUGCCCUUCGACUCCCCGCCCUGUCCAGACCUAACUAGCCGAAUGACAUAUACGCUACGCUGCAACAUAAUUGCAAUCAUUCCAGUCCUACUCGGUGUUGUGAUAGGUUCUCUGUCCCGGCUUUGCUCUACAGCCAUCGAUCCCUUGGACACUAAUGUCCGAGCUGUUCUUAUUCAUCAGAGAUACGUUGGCAAUUCCAUUGAACAGUUUGUAAUCUACUUUCUCAACGUGGCUGUUAUGGCAACCUAUCUUCAUCAGGAGCACCUGAAGAUCAUUCCCAUACUAUCUGGGCUCUUUGCAGUAGCCAGGCUGCUAUACUGGAUUACGGCUGGAUUGAGCAGCGCCUAUCGUGGAUUUGGAUUUGGGCUGACAUUUUUCCCAACCUUAGCGAUGCUGGCCUACAAUUGCUACUGUUUGUAUGAACUGGGAUUCGAUCACUACUUCAUCCCACUUGAGAGAGGAGGGCCCACACGAGCUCCUGCACCAAGACUGAGGUGGUGGGGCUUCGGGGGCUGAACACGCACACCACAUCAUGGCGGAUUAGAUUAGUAUAUUAUAUGAAUACAAGCCUACAGAGAGUACUGAGAAAUGAUAGCACUAUUAAUUUUUGUGAUUGCUCGUCGGAGUUUAAAUUAUGAGUAUCGGAUAGGUUGCAGUUUUGAGACUAUCUUAACAAAAAUUUAACUUACAGAAGUUUGGACUCUCAAUAUGUACUUUUAGUUGAGAACAGAUGAUUAAUCUUUGUCCAUACAAGUUUUGUGCCUGUCUAGACAUAACACUAAUGCCCUCUUUUGUAUAAUACAGUUCGCUUGUUCAGUUUUCUUGAACAUCUUUCACAUCCGACAGCUGGAGCCACUUAACUGUUCAAAGAUAUUUCUGACUGACAAAUAAACUAAGGGUUAUAUUCAGGGUUGCUGUCCAGAUUAUAUUACUCCUAUUGCUUUCAAGAGACAGUUCCACAAAUCUUGACAGUUAGCCACACAAUUCUUUUGCAUCAAUCCAGAAUUAUCAGGUCUCUCUUCAAGUUAAGGAUUUGUGAACUUCUUGGUCUCUGCUCUGACUACUACAGCCUUGCUUCAGAGACUGUUUAGGAAGCUCCACAGAUAUAUCCUCUGCAGUAUUUCAGAAUCAGGAUCAGGUUUAAUACCAGCAGCAUAUGUCCUGAACUUUGCUGUUGUACAGAAGCAGUACAUUACAAUACACAUAACAAAAAAAUAACUAAAUUACAACAAGUAUGUAUUAAAAUUAAAUAAACAGUGCAAACAGAGGGUUAAAAAUACUGAGAAAGCAUUCAUAAGUUCAUUAUCCAUUCAGAAAUCUGAUGGCAGAGGGGUAGAAGUUGUUCCUGAAAUGUUGAGUGUGUGUCUUCAGGCUCCGGUACUGCCUCUUUGAUGGUACCAGUGAGAAGAGGAUCAUCACCCAUGUCCUGGGUGAUGAGGGUCCUUAAUGAUGGAUGCUGGCUUUUUGAGGCAUCGCCUUUUGAAGGUGUCUUUGAGUUUACAACUUUCGGCAGCUUUUUCUGUUCCUGUGCAGUGACCCCUCCAUACCAGAUGGUGAUGCACCCAAUUAGAAUGCUCUUCAUGGUCUAUCUGUAAAAACUUGCAAAUAUAUUUGGCGACAUACUAGAUCUCCUCAAACUCCUAAUGAAAUAUAGGAUUUGUGAAAUGGCAGUCUAAAACGUUGAGAUUUAGCAUUCAAGACAUUGCUUAUGCUUAUAAUGUUUUAGGUCAGGGACACUGCAAUAAAAGGGAAGGCUGGAAUUAAACAGAGAUUACCAUCAGAGAUUUUCAGUAUUUACUUGUGCAUAUAUACUCAGGAAGCCCUUAACUGGAUUAUGAUAACUCAGGGCUCUAAUCGCUGUAAAAUACAAUGCAUUGAGUGUACCACCAUAAAGUUUCAAGUAUUAGCUGACAGGAAUAUAAUGAUUUCAAUAACCUCCGGUUUAGCAUGCUGGAAAGAACCACCGUGAACUGGAACCUAUGCAGAAUUUAUGACAAGAUGUUGUCUUCUAACUAAAAACAUCAUAACCUACUGUUAAGAUUUUCCAACAGCAGCAAAUAAUUGCCCAUCAUACUUGAAUUAAUAAAGGGAAGGUUUUUAUUCUGAUGAAUACUGGAAUACUUAGUGUAGAAAAGCACUCAAUGUUCUGAACUUGGUCACAUUUCUACCCUGUAGACUGAUGGUGUUAUAAAUUCGGGGGUUUCCAAACUUUUUUAUGCCUUGUAACAAUAUCAUUAAGCUAGUGGUCUGUGGGCCCCAGGUUGGGAACCCCUCCACUAACCGAUUAUCAGUCAGGUUACUCCUAUUAAGUGUUAAUCUCAUGAGGUUAAACUCUGAACCUGAUUAGCACAAAAACUAAAAUAAAGAAUAAUUGAUAUAAAUUUGGAAGAUGCAAGUCCAUCGCUUCUGAAGUUUUCAGCUGCUUGGCAAGGGACCCAUUACCAAGGAAUAUUUUGACAAUAUGCUAUUACUUCAGGGGUUUGUUUAAGUUUUUUUGUGCUGGGUGGAUGCACAAAUAUAAUGUAAACCAGGCACACUGACAUCAUAGCAUUCAUACUGGUUAUAAUGAGGAAAAUUUCAUACUGGAAUUCAGAAAGAGUUUGUCAUCAAUAUUUCCUAUGUACUGUAGUACGAAGCUACCUUUUUCCCUCAGAGGAUAAGCUCACUUAUAGCACAGGUACCUCCAGGCAAAGUCAAACAGAGACAACCUUCUCAGAAUUUGACCUUCCUGUUGCAACCCACAGCCACCACAUUUCAUUCAUUCCAAGUCCACAGAGAUCUACCUUCACCUUGAAACUUACACAUGGAGACAAAAAUAACAGCAUAGGACUUCACCCAAUAUGAAAGGGAAAUGAAAAAUAUGAGACAGCGGUUAGCGAAUGUCAAACCUGAAUUUUCAAAGACUGAAGGUACUGCUGAAGGAAAGGCAGGGGAGAAAUGAAUGUCAAGACUUUACAAAACAAUGGGUAUCAAAGCAAUAAAUUUCAAUUUUAAAGUGAGGAAGAAGGCUGUUUGCCAAAAUUAUUGAUUUUGCAUAAAAUGUGCAUAAAGCCAGUAGCACAAUACAUGUGGCUUACAUUUCUUUGGAGGGUUUUUGUAUGUAUAGAAGUGAAUUGUUUGUGAUUUAUUAUAGUUCUAGUUUUAACUUAAGAAACUUAAAAUCUAUACUUAUAAGUAUAGAAUUAGCCAUUUUUAUAUGAAGGAUUUAGUUACCCUUGCCUACAUGGGACUUUGAUUCAGCCAUAAAUUGUGUAGGGAAAUUAGUAAUGUAUCUUAAAUCCAAAGCCUCCAAGACUGUAAAUAUCUAAUAAAGUAGUUGCAUUUAAUCUUGUCUAAAAUUACACUAUGUAUUUUAAAUGCCAUUGUGCUACAUAUCCGAAAAACCAUUAAUGUUUAUUAAAUCUCCCAAAGGUCCCUUGAAAAAGUAAUUUGUCUCCACUCUGUUGCGUUUCUCUUUCUUGCCUCUGGCCUGGU